CUUGAUUGCCCAGUCUCUCUCUGACUUCUCCACUGAGCCAGCCUCUUCCUUGGUCUCAGACAGACAUGUCUAGCCUCCAGGCGCUGUGCUCUGGCCUGCCCCUGCGUCCCCUCCCAGAGAACCAGGGACGCUGGGCUGGGGUGCCCCAUGCCCCUAUCAGGACCCCUGGCCUCAACCCUGCAGAGGAGCAGCUGGCACUGAGGAAUGCCCUGCGCUACUUCCCCCCGGAUGUGCAGGAGCUGCUGGCCCCUGAGUUUGCGCAGGAGCUGCGGCUAUAUGGGCACAUCUAUAUGUACCGGUUCUGUCCCCGCAUUGAAAUGAGGGCCUACCCAAUGAAGCAGUACCCCUGCCGGACAAAAGCCGCAGCAGCCAUCAUGCACAUGAUCAUGAACAACCUGGAUCCUGCCGUGGCCCAGUUUCCCCAGGAGCUUGUGACCUAUGGUGGAAACGGACAGGUGUUUAGCAACUGGGCUCAGUUCUGGCUGACGAUGUCUUACUUGUCGCAGAUGACAGAGGAGCAGACACUGGUCAUGUACAGUGGACACCCUUUGGGCCUCUUCCCAAGCAGCCCUGGCGCCCCGAGGCUGGUCAUUACCAAUGGGAUGGUCAUUCCCAACUACUCUUCUAGAACAGAGUAUGAGAAGCUCUUUGCCAUGGGGGUUACAAUGUAUGGCCAGAUGACAGCAGGCAGUUAUUGCUACAUCGGUCCCCAGGGAAUCGUCCAUGGCACAGUGCUCACCUUGUUGAAUGCUGGUCGUCGGUACCUGGGUAUCAAUGACCUUGCUGGGAAAGUCUUUGUCACCUCUGGACUGGGCGGAAUGAGUGGGGCCCAGGCCAAAGCCUCAGUCAUCGUGGGAUGCAUUGGUGUAAUAGCAGAGGUGGAUAAAGCAGCUCUUACAAAACGCCACCAGCAAGGUUGGCUGAUGGAAGUGACUGACAACUUGGACCAGUGCAUUGAAAGACUCAGGGAAGCAAAGGAAAAAAAGGAGGUACUCAGCCUUGGUUACCAUGGCAAUGUGGUGGAUCUUUGGGAGCGCCUGGUCCAUGAAUUGGACAUGACGGGGGAGCUCUUGGUGGAUCUGGGGUCAGACCAGACAUCCUGCCACAACCCAUUCAAUGGUGGUUAUUAUCCUGUGCAGCUUGGCUUUGCAGAGGCCCAGAGCCUCAUGGCCUCUGAUCCUGCCACAUUCAAGGGCCUGGUCCAGGAAAGCCUGAGGAGGCAAGUCUCAGCCAUCAACCGGCUGGCCAAGGAAAACUUCUUCUUCUGGGACUAUGGCAAUGCUUUCCUCUUGGAAGCCCAGAGAGCAGGAGCUGAUGUGGAAAAGAAAGGUGCUGAAAGGACUGAGUUCCGCUACCCCUCAUAUGUCCAGCAUAUUAUGGGGGAUAUAUUCUCCCAGGGAUUUGGGCCUUUCCGCUGGGUAUGCACAUCUGGAGACCCUCAGGACCUGGCAGUCACUGAUCAGCUGGCCACAUCUGUGCUGGAGGAGGCCAUUGCUGGUGGAGUGAACCCAGCUGUGAAGCUGCAAUAUGAGGACAACAUUCGCUGGAUCCGGGAGGCUGCCAAGCACCGGCUGGUGGUGGGCUCCCAGGCAAGGAUCCUGUACUCAGACCAAAAAGGUCGUGUGGCCAUUGCUGUGGCCUUUAACCAAGCCAUUGCCCAUGGGAAGAUCAAGGCGCCGGUAGUCCUGAGCCGAGACCACCAUGAUGUGAGUGGCACAGACAGUCCCUUUAGGGAGACCUCCAACAUUUAUGAUGGCUCUGCCUUCUGUGCAGACAUGGCCGUGCAGAACUUCGUGGGUGAUGCCUUUCGAGGAGCCACCUGGGUCGCUCUUCACAACGGUGGGGGCGUGGGCUGGGGUGAGGUGAUCAAUGGUGGGUUUGGCCUUGUGUUAGAUGGGACCCAGGAGGCUGAGCAGAAAGCCAAGAUGAUGCUCAGUUGGGAUGUCUCCAAUGGAGUGGCCCGUCGCUGUUGGUCUGGGAACCGGAAGGCCUACGAAAUUAUCUGCGAGACAAUGCAGGAGAACAAGGGCUUGGUGGUGACACUCCCACACGAGGUGGCAGACGAGCAUGUGCUCCAGCAGGCCUUGUGGCCAUGAGCAGGAGUUCAAGAGCCUGCCGUGGUUCCUUGGUCCCCCUGGUCCCUGUCCUUGCCCUCACACAAUACCAUGCCUUCCAGUGCACACAUCCUUCUCCUAGGUCAGCAGCUCCACACCCAUGCCCUCAUUUGGCCUCACUGCACCCUAGAGGGUGGGCUAUUGCCAUUCCCAUUCCACAGAUUAGCCAGCUGAGGGCCAGAGAGGUGGAGUCACUUUUCCAUGACCACAUAAUUCCCCUGGGAACCUGGGAAAGCAGUGAAAGUCUUGUUUGGGGCUACAUCCUCAAGCUUGCCAUGAAGUGGACUCUGGAAGCUUUGGGAGUAGGUGUGUGUCAUGAAUACUGGCUGUCCUGGCAAUCAACCAAGCACCUUCUAAGCUUCUUGCUAUUUCUUCUCCUACCAAGGAGGCAGGCUUUCCAGCCAGGUUUUUAUCUGCCUCUCUGUCUCCAGUCCACCUUCCAGUCAUCCACACAGCUCUAUUUCCAUCUGCUAGGUUGUUCAUUUGUCUAUGUGGGUGCCUUCUGUACCUCCAUGUUCCUGGCUCUGGGCACAAAGGAAUACUGACCAGGCCCUGGGCUUGGAGGGGUCCAGGGAGGAAGAUAGGAAAAUAGGUGGCAUGGGUAGGGUGGAUGCAGGGUGGUUGGAUGGGGGCUGGCAAGGCUCUGACCUAAAGGAUAUUGAUACUUUGGUAUGAAUAAAAGUAGAGAGCAGCAGUACUAUCCAUGGCUGGUCAUUUAUGAUAGAAAUCUGCUCGGGAGCCCUGUUGAGGACCAGGUGUCCUGUAGGGAACUGUGUGGGACCUGAGGCUGCAUUCUUGUGUAUACCCCACCCCUGCCAGAUCCCAGAGCCUAGCCUCUGUGAAGAUGACCCAGGCGAAAUGGAUUACAUGGCCAUGUUUUUCCAGGCCAUCGUUUUGAAGUAGGUGCUUCUUUUUUUAAGGGGUAAUGGUGGUUCUGCUUUAUUCAUCCCCCAGUUAUAAAAAGAAGCCAAUGGAGAGAUGAGUUCCCUGCUUGUAUUCUUUCACCCUUCCUGCCCCACCAACUGAUACUGGGUCCUGCUCCCUUUACUGUAAACAUAUACGGCCAUGCAGGGAAUCAGGGAGACACUGCCCCUAGAGCAGGCCUCCAUGGUGGCACCACACUUGCUGACUCUUCACACUAGGAUGCCCCCAUGACCCUGCUAUGCAAAGCAGAGCAGCUUUGACCAUGUAUAGUAUUCUUAUUAGUUUCUGGCCUUAGCUUAGCCCCCAGCUGGACCCAUGAGAAUCUUAAAAAUGACUCAUCCUAAACAAAGAAUUAAGAGAGAGAUUGAAGGAUGGGUCUACAAGGAGCCACAGAAAACUUUUUACAACUCCUCCUCCAUGUCUGCAGAGAUGGGGCCAAUCUACCUGAUUCUGAAUCCUUAAUCACUCAAUACUGUUCACCUCCUCUGCCAGUGGUCAUCUCUUUUCCCAUACUUACAAAACCCCAGUUUUCUCUGGGAAGCAAUAUAGUCAGUAGAAGUAGUUGAUUUCCCAGCCUUCCUUGCAAUUAAGACUGAUCACAGACCUAGGCCCAUGAGAUGAGGUGGAAAUCUGCUGGGUAGGACUUCUGGGAAAGCACUUAUUUUUCUAAUGAAAAUGUACAGAUGUGGCUGGAUUGCUCUUUGCUUUUGCCCCUUCUUCCUGCUAGGACCUCCAGCAUUGUGCUGGAAGCACAGCAACCAUGCUGUGACCAUGAAGUCCACAGAGGCAUAGGAAAGGUAUAUGAAAUGGCACAGGUGCCUGGGUUCUUGGCAGCACAUAAAGCUGUCAUUCCAGCAUCAUCCUGCCCUUCCCCAGAUUCCUUGGUCCUCAUCUGUUAAAGCCAUCCUAGCAGGGCUUCUAUUCCACAAGCAAGCACAACAUCUAAUCAUCAUAGUGUCUGUCAACAAGAUUCCAUGGAAAGUACCAUCAUGCAUAUAGCUGUGUGAACAUUCCCUGUUUCUAGGGAGAAACCAAGAAGAUAUGUUCAAUGUUAAGACCAGGCCCUCCUUUUCCCACCCAAUACCUUCAUUUAUUAAGGACAGGUAGAGCUCAAUGGCCAGCUCUGGGCCUAGUUCUCAG